AUGACAAUGGACUUGACUCCAGUUCAAGACCUAAAAGGCGCUUUACGUAGCGACUUCUUCCACGGAUAUGCCACCGCAGCGACACAGAUCGAAGGCGCCUGGAACAAAGAUGGCAAAGGGCCUUCGAUCUGGGACACCUUUGGCCACCACAAUCCAGCAAAAGUUAAAGACAAGAGCACGGCCGACGACACGGUACGGUCCUACUACCUGUACCGUGAGGACGUGGCUCUCAUGAAGUCAUACGGUGUCAACGCCUACCGCUUCUCGCUGUCCUGGUCACGUAUCAUUCCACUCGGUGGUGCCGAUGAUCCCAUCAACGAACAGGGAAUCAAGUUCUACCAGGACCUCAUCGAGGAGCUGCUCCGAAAUGGGAUCACGCCGUUUGUGACCCUCUUCCACUGGGACGUUCCCCAAGCCCUGGAAGAUAGGUACGGAGGCAUGCUGAACCAGGAGAGGUUCGUCCCGGACUUUGUCCGGUAUGCGCGUGUCUGUUUCGAAAGACUAGGGCCGAGGGUUCGGCACUGGAUCACCUUCAACGAGCCUGGUGUCUACUCGCUGGCUGGGUAUGCAGCUGGUGUCCACGCGCCAGCGAGGUCCUCUUAUCGAGACCGCAACGCAGAGGGAGAUUCCUCUACAGAGCCGUUUAUCGUCGGCCAUACAGAGCUAGUCGCUCACGGGCACGCAUCGAAGCUCUACCGUGAAGAGUUCCAGCCGCAACAGGGAGGAACAAUUGGCAUUACUCUUCACGGCAACUGGUCCGAACCAUGGGACAUGGACGAUGAACGGGACCAGAAGACGGCAGAGCGAGCCCGGGAGUUCGAGAUCGCCUGGUUCGCUGACCCCUUAUACAAGACCGGAGACUAUCCAGCCUCGAUGCGUGCUCAACUCGGUGAUCGUCUACCACACUUCACUCCGGAAGAAUCAGAGCUCGUACUGGGGAGCUCCGAGUUCUACGGCAUGAACUCAUACACGACUUUCUUCGUCCAACAUAAGGAUUCGGCCCCGGACAUCAACGACCACAAGGGCAAUGUCAUCGUCCACGAUACGAACAGUAAGGGUGUCUCUCGUGGUGAGGAGUCGGACACCCACUGGCUACGGAUGGCACCAGCUGGAUGGCGCAAGCUACUGAACUGGAUCUGGGACCGCUACCAUAUGCCCAUUUAUGUGACGGAGAACGGCACGACAGUGAAGGGUGAGACCGCCCCGACUCCAGAGGUGCUCAAUGACACGUUUCGGAUGCGGUUCUUCGAGGGGUAUGUUGGUGGAUUGGCCCGAGCUGUUAAAGAGGAUGGAGUUGAUGUCCGUUCGUACUUUGCGUGGACCUUUACUGAUAACUGGGAAUGGGCCGCGGGCUUCACGGAUCGAUUUGGGAGCACUUUCGUGGAUUUUGACUCUGCAGAGAAGACUCGGUAUCCGAAGCAGUCGGCGUAUUAUUUGAAGGCGCUAUUUGAGCAUUUGAUUGCCGAGUAG